AUGACAACGUCGCCAACGCCGCCGUUAGGAGCUCCGGCAGCCGCGAACAUGCCCAAACUUCCGAUAAAUCACCGGACGGUGCUGAUAACGGGAGUGAGCAAAGGACUUGGGAAAGCUCUAGCCCUAGAGUUAGCGAAACGUGGACACACGGUGAUAGGAUGCUCUCGCUCGCAGGAUAAACUCAAUGCCCUCCAAGCAGAACUUGCUACCUUCUCCGCCAAUUCUCCUUCUCCGGCUUCUUCCACUCAGAGCAAGCACCUCGUGUUGAAUGUCGACGUGAGGUCCGACAGCAGUGUUGCAGAGCUGGCUCGUGCGGUCGUGGAGAAGAAAGCUAUUCCUGAUAUUAUCGUAAACAAUGCUGGUACCAUAAAUAGGAACAACAAAAUUUGGGAGGUGUCUGCAGAAGAAUUUGACACUGUUAUGGAUACUAAUGUUAAGGGGAUAGCAAACAUGUUGCGUCACUUCAUUCCUAUAUUGAUUGAGAGAAAGCAAGGAGUGAUUGUUAACAUGUCAUCUGGUUGGGGAAGGUCUGCAGCUGCACAGGUAGCGCCUUACUGUGCUUCAAAAUGGGCAGUCGAAGGUCUUACAAGGUCGGUAGCUAAGGAAUUGCCUGCUGGACUUUCCAUUGUUGCGCUUAGCCCUGGUGUGAUUAACACUGAUAUGCUACAAUCAUGCUUUGGCAAUUCAGCUUCUCUCUACCAGACGCCUGAGGCUUGGGCUCCAAGGGCAGCUACGAUGAUAUUGAAUCUAUCUGUGGGUGACAAUGGUGCAUCACUCACCGUUUGA